AUGGAGGGAAGAGGAGGUGAGGCGGGAAAGGCGUGGCGGGUUCCUGCGGGCGUCAGAAGGGGUGCGGGCGGGCUGGGGGCUCGCGGUCAGCUGAGGUCUCCACUGUCGAGCCGGUGGCCGAGCGGGCGGCCUCCCUGGCCUCCAGCCUGGCGUUCGGUGCCCAGAGCUCGUGGCCGCCGCGCCGUGCCCGCGCCGGUUCUGGGGAUCGUUGGCGGCGGGCGCGUUUCCCGGUGCUGGUUCCUCUCUGCUAGAGACUGUUGUGGGCUCCUUAGGGCAAGUAUACCCCUAGAAACACUUACAGAAGAAAGUCAGUCAAGACAUGUUCUACCUGCAAGUUUUGAAGCCAACAGUUUGCAGAAAAGCAACUGGGGGUUCUUACUUACUGGGCUUGUGAGUGGGACCCUGGUGGCUGUGUAUGCUGUAGCCACACCGUUUAUAACGCCAGCCCUUCGAAAAGUCUGUUUGCCAUUUGUACCUGCAACUACGAAGCAGAUUGAGAAUGUUGUGAAAAUGUUGCGAUGCAGAAGAGGAUCCCUUGUAGACAUCGGUAGUGGCGACGGACGCAUUGUCAUAGCGGCUGCAAAGGAAGGGUUCACAGCAGUUGGUUAUGAAUUAAACCCAUGGCUAGUUUGGUACUCCAGAUACCGCGCUUGGCGAGAAGGUGUGCAUGGUUCUGCCAAAUUUUAUAUUUCGGAUUUGUGGAAGGUUACUUUUUCGCAGUACUCGAACGUUGUUAUUUUCGGUGUGCCUCAGAUGAUGCUGCAGUUGGAGAAGAAACUUGAACUUGAACUUGACGAUGAUGCACGAGUCAUUGCUUGCCGGUUUCCCUUCCCACACUGGACUCCAGACCAUGUCACUGGGGAGGGGAUAGACACAGUGUGGGCAUAUGAUGCGAGCACGUUUAGGGGCCGUGAAAAGAGGCCCUGAACAUCGAUGCAUUUCCAGCCGCCCAUUCAAGCAUAA